AUGCCCGAAAGUCCGGAGAACCCUAGACGUUCCCCGCGUAGGGCCGUCAGUCACCACUGUCCGCAUUGCGACAAGGCGUACGAACGUCCGGACCAUUUGACGCGUCAUCUAGACUCCCAUCGCAACGAGCGCGUGUACCAAUGUCCAACGUGUCAACGCGGCUUCAAUCGCCGAGAUGUUUUGCAGCGACACCAGGCUGUCCAUGACAAAGAUGAGGCAGAAGGCAAAUCCUCGACGAGACGAACUAAGGAGCGCGCACUUGAAGCCUGCGAAGCUUGCGCGACCGCAAAAUUAAGUUGCGAUAACGAAAGACCCUGCAAACGAUGUUCUUCAAAGCAGAUCCAAUGUGUCCCCCGAUCCAAAGGUGGGCGUCGCUCAAGCGAGCGUCGUCUUUCCUACCCAGUCUCUCUCCCGCCCUACUCACCGCAUGUCGGAGGCCCGCCGCCGGACCUGUCGACUCUGACAGCAACUCCCGAAUCUGGGCCAUCAGAAUUCAGCGUGCCGCCACCAUCCGACUCACUCCCAGGGAAUGCGCAUGAAAUCUACGACUCGAACGUCGCGUCAGCGGACGAGAUGGCUUUAGCCACAUUCAUCCCGCAUAGAAACGUGCAGGUUUAUUCACCCCUCAACGGGUUUCCCGCAUUUUUCGAACAAGUGAUGCUGCCGGGUCUCGGGGCCGGCGAUGCAGUCCACGGCACACAACAGCCGCGAGUGUUCGAUUUCAAUCAGGACAUCGAUUUCACGUUUACAGAUACAGACAUCUUCGGCACAGACUUUUUACCGGAUCUCGAUAAGGUACUCGAUGUGCCAAUGACUUUCACUGGAUUCGAGGACCCCCAACAAUCCCCGCCAGACGAACAGGAAUCUGCGAGUCGGCGUGCCGCAGCCUUUGGACGUUCUUUGUGGCUUUGGGUGCCUGAGAAAAAUCAACAUGGCUUCAGCGAAGAGAGACGCAUUCCUUUGCGCGAUAGUGACAGCAUUCCAUCCUCGCACCAAAAUCGCUUGGACGCAAUAAAAAUUCCUGGGAAACUCUCAGCUCAAGAUCGGGACGAUAUCCUGAAGCUGGUCCUACGAACCGGAGGCUCUCGCCUUUCAGUUACGACGUUUCCAUCUGCAGACUACCUUGACACGCUGAUUAAAAUCGGCAUUGGGAAACGAACCGAGACGGACGCCUGGAUUCACCCUUACACUUUCUACGAUUCAGUAUAUCAACAAUUGCGCCCGGAAUUGCUCACGGCGUUGGUUGCGGGCGGGUGUGUGUGCUGUGGAAUGCCCUCUAUCAACAAGACUGGCAUCAUUUUGCAGGAAAUUACUCGAGAGGGUCUCGCACGAUUAGUGGAAGAUGACAACAGCGUACUCCGCGACCUCCAAUACUUGCAGGCUUCAAUGUUAUGGCUCGAUAUUGGAAUAUUUUGUGGCUAUACUCGGAAAAUGCAAAUUGCUGAAAGCUACUUACAGCCGCUCUGCACAGCGGUGCGUCGUGGUGCAGCCUUUGACAGAUCAACCUACACAACUAUUACCCCUUAUUCAUUCGGCAACGACGAUGAAUCAUUACAACGAGCAUGGCAUGCCUGGGUACGGCAAGAAUCACUCAAGCGACUCGUCUAUCAUCUGUUCGGCCAUGACGUGGAGGUGGCCACGUCUAUGAACCGACCCGCUAUCAUUUCAUAUACAGAGUUGACGCUACCAUUCCCCUCGGCGAGAGAUUUAUGGCUUGCUCCCACUGCUGAAGCCUGGCGGGAUAUUUGGACAGCCAAGUACCGGUUGAAAGAUUGCUCUGAGUUGCAUUUACGCGAUCUAUUGUCCGAUCCAUCAUUGAUGAAUCAAAUACCCCCCGAAUUAGAUCUGGAAAUUGCCAGAUCUGCCCUUCUGCAAGGUCUUGCUCUGCAGGUGUGGGAGUUCCGUCAGCAAAUGCUUCUCUCUCAAAAUUCUCGAUCUGGACCGCGCGCGACCACUCGGUUAUGGCUACAAAGUCGACAAGAAGACUUAUAUACAACCCUUCAGGCCGUGCAAGAAGACUCCCCAAGCGCACCCCCGGUCACGACGUUGUUGAACGAGUUCGUGAUGAUGUACCUCCACAUUGACAUUGACACAAUCCAGCGCUUCGUCGGAAAGAUGGGGGAGCUAGAUGCGCGUCGCGCCUAUCCCGGACUUCGGGACUGGAGCCGGACGAAAGAAGCGCGAUCCGCCAUUUGGCACGCUGGCCAAAUGCUUCGAGCGGCUCGGAAGGUGGCCGUCUUUCAGUUCCGCGGCUUUGACUGCUUGGCUAUCUAUCAUGCCGCGCUGGUUCUAUGGGUUUACGGUCUGAUUCAAUGUGGUGAAAAUAAGCGUCUCGAGGUGACCACCCCCAUGAGUGACGCGGAACUGACUCCGCAAGUCCCCUUGGAUGGACCCGAAAACCAUGUAACCAAGUCCUUUAUAAACCACGGCGUGGGUCGGCCUGGAUUGAUGAUGCUUCAGUCCCGUGGGGGCAACGAAGGAGAAGUCAAGGCUUUCUGUGAAUUGAGCAAGCCUCGCACAGUAAUGGCGGUGGCGCGGCAGGUGUUUGAAGGUAAUUGCCCACUCACCUUGCCGGAUGAUGUACUUCCCCCGAUGGUUCAGAACCUGUGUUCUCUGAUUGAGGAUCUGGGCGACCUACGAUGAUGACACUAGGAUAUUAAACGCCGAAUGAAUAAACCGUGUACCAUAGAAAUCAAGCUGCUGCGCAUUACUCCGU